AUGUCCAACCUGCUCUCCACAGAGGCCCUCUCGGGCCGCCUCCUCUUUGCCAUCCCCAAAAAGGGCCGCCUCUACGAAAAGUGCCUCGAGCUCCUGGCCGGCGCCGACGUCCAGUUCAAGCGCCAGCACCGGCUCGACGUCGCACUGGUCCACAACCACAACAUGGCCCUCGUCUUCCUCCCCGCCGCCGACAUCCCGCGCUUCGUCGGCGAGGGCAACGUCGACCUCGGCAUCACGGGACAGGACAUGGUCCAGGAGUCGGGUCACGACGUCGCAUCCCUCAUCACCGAGGAGCUCCAGCUCGGCUUCGGAAAGUGCGCUCUCCAGGUGCAGAUUCCCGACCCAAACAGCCCCUUUGCCAAGCCCGACUGCCUCCAGAGCGAGCGCGACCUCGUCGGAAAAAAGGUCGCCACCAGCUUCGACUACCUCGCCGCAAAGUACUUUGACAAGCUCGACGCAGAGGUCAACGCAGAGCGGAGGCAGCACGGCCUCGAAGAGCUAAAGACCAAGAUUGAAUACGUCGGCGGAAGCGUCGAGGCCGCCUGCGCACUCGGCGUCGCAGACGGUAUCGUCGACCUUGUCGAAUCCGGCGAGACGAUGCGAGCCUGCGGUCUAACGGCCAUCUCGACGCUUCUGACGUCGCAGGCGGUCCUCAUCCGACCGUCGAAGCCGCACGCGCGCUCCAACACGGCCCUCAUUUCCCUCAUCACGUCGCGCAUCCGCGGCGUCAUUGCGGCGUCCAAGUACGUCCUGUGCCAGUACAACGUCCAGCGGUCGGCACUCCAACAGGCCCUCGAAAUCACCCCGGGACGCAGGGCAGCCACCGUCAGCCCGCUCGAGGACAGAGAGUGGAACGCCGUCUCGUCCAUGGUCCUCAAGGCCGACACCGCCACCAUCAUGGACCGACUAGAGUCCAUCGGCGCCAGCGACAUUCUCAUCCUCGGCAUCAACAACUGUAGAGUCUAG